AUGCAAUGGCUGGAUCGGUCUCGAUGGACUACCGCUCCAUACUAUGCCUUUGUCGUUGUCGUGAUUGCAUGUGGAUGCAUGCCAAAAGGUUACGAUGAGGGAGGUUUUAGUGCAAGCAUGUCCUUGCCAUCUUUUGAAAAGGAUUAUGAUCUGCUCUCUGCGGAUUGGAAGGGUGAUGCUACGGCGUUGACCAACAGGAAGGCGAAUAUUUCCUCGUUCUUGACUUUGGGUGCGGCUUUUGGUGCCUUGAGCUCUCUAUACUUGAACGAUAAGCUAGGUCGGAUCUUGUCAUUCCGUCUGGCAAUUAUAGUCUGGGCAAUUGGUACUUUUAUCCAGGUCUUUUCCUCGGGCAUCUAUGGCCUGCUGCUGUUCUCCCGCAUUUUUGCUGGUUUGGGCGCUGGUCUCCUUACAGUUACAUCUCCCAUGUACCUGUCAGAAGUGGCUCCCAAGGCCACUCGUGGUCUCGCCGUGGGAUUGUCCAUGGUGACUUUACUCGCAAUCCUUGCAAUCGGCUUCUUCAUUAAUUAUGGCGCGAAUCUCCACAUGGCCGCCACCCGCACCCAAUACCGACUAGUUCAAGCCAUCCCUCUGAUCCCUGUCGGAAUCGUCUUCAUCCUCUCUUUCUGGUGCCCUGAAACACCCCGCUACCUCGCCUCAAAGCAGCGCCAUGAUGAAGCAAAACAAGUCCUCGCCCGCCUCCGCGGCACUACCCCAGACGACGAGCGGAUCCUCGCCGAGUUCGCGGAAAUCGACGCCGCAGCCAAGCAGCGCGCCAACCUAGCCUCAAUCUCCAACUGGCAAGCUCUGAAAGAAUCCCAAAUCAACCCAAAUUACCGUCAGCGCUUCUGGCUCCUCAUGGCCAUGCAGACUGUCGCCCAGUGGUCCGGCGGGAACGGUAUCACCUACUACAUCUCCACUAUCUUCCAGUACGCCGGUAUCACCGGCAGCAACGCGUCACUCAUUUCCUCCGGUGUCUACGGAAUUGUCAAGCUGGUCUUCACGAUGGCUUUUACCUGGGGUCUUAUCGAUCUUUUCGGUCGUCGUCGCUGCGCGCUUACUGGCCUCUCGCUGCAGCUCGCAGCCCAUAUCUAUAUGGGUGCUUAUAUGGGUCUCCAGCCCGGUUCUGGGGAUAACACCAAUGCUUCCAACGCUGCUAUCGCGUCUGUCUUCAUCUACGCCGUUGGCUGGUCCAUCGGCCUCUGCACAAUUCCCUACCUAUACGGCUCCGAGAUCUUCCCCACUCGCAUCCGGAAUGUCUGCUACGGUAUUUCCAUGGGCUUGCACUGGUUCUUCCAGUUCGCCGUUGUCCGUGUUACGCCGAACAUGUUCGCGCUGGACGUCUGGGGUGCGUACCUGUUCUGGGCGCUAAUCUGUUUCUGUGGUCUCCUCAUCUUGGGUGUCUGGAUGCCUGAGACGAAGGGUGUGUCUAUGGAGCAGAUGGACGAGCUGUUCGCUGGUCCGUGGUAUAUGCGCUGGAAUGCGCGUGUCAAGGAUGUGGAUCAUUCUAUUUCCUCGGAAGAGGAUGUUGAGUCUCGUGAUCAGGAUCAGACUCUGUUUAAGUCUACUUUGUAG